AAAAAUUAGUGGCAGAUUAGCCUCCCCAAACCUCUGAAAAUCUCAUUCUGUUAGUUUAAAUAAAAUCUUCCACUGGGAAUAUUUCUCCAAGUCCUCAGUAUGCUUUCUUGGGGUUUCUUAGGAAUAUAUAUGCAAGUUUUGUUGGUAAACUUGUUUGUACUGAAAAUUUAGUUUCUCCUUUAUGUUUGUGGACUAGCUGGAAGUUUUGCUCAAGGACUUUGCAAUACCAGAAAUAAUUUGUUAUUAGUGUAACUUCAUUGAAGAGAAAUGAGAUAAAUGCUAUAAUUUUGUUUUUAUCUAAUGACAUUUAAUUAAUGUAUAAAUGGUCAUAAUUAUUCAUUUAAGCAUAACUUGCCAUGCUCUGACACCAGAUGUUCUUCCUUUUUUUUUUUGGGAAAUGAAGUCAAAACUGUAUUAAAAUAGUGUUGUGUGAUUUCCCAUCCUAAAUCUGAGAUAGGUCAUAAUUGGAACUUCCUUUUUUUUUUUUUUUUCCCCCCUUCCCACUUUUAAACUGACGUUUGAGAAAUCAGUUUCAUCAGACCUUUCAUGCUGCUGUGAUGCCUCAUCCCUUUUUGGCAGGGAGUUAGAUGUCAGCCUUGUGCAUUGUAUGUCUGCUCUUUGGCCAAAGGACAGCAAUGGGAUAAAUUGACUGGUGGCAAAGAAAUUGUUAAGAGCUUAGUAGCUUAUUUUUUUCCCUGACAAGAAAUAAAAAGAGUGGGUCUUACAUAGCGCAGGACUGAUGACAUGAGUGUGGCACCAGUGCCAGAUACUACUUCAGGGACUAAUGUUGUAGAUGUGAGGAGACAAUUUGGUGGGAGUUGUUGAAUAUAACUGUUUGAUAUCAAUCUUGAAUUGUAGAGCCAAGUUCAAACAAGAGCUGGGGUCUGUCCGAAGACACGUUAGGGGUGUUGAAUUCCUUUGACAUUGUUUACAACAUUUUUCCCCUUAACAUAAUUCACAACAAUGUGUAAAACCGUUGCCAUGCUUUUAGUGCUAUUUUCAAUUUGGCAUCAUAUCAAAAUAAUGUCUUCUUUAGAGAUGGAAUUUGUUGAUUUUUCUCUCUUGUUGGAAAUAAUCCACUCUGCCUAUAAAAUGUUUUUGUGUAACACUCCUGCAGACAAAUUUAGCCAUUGGUAUGUUUAGAAGUUCGGAUACCUCUACCCAUGGCCACCUUGCUGUACCAAAAUUCCACAAAUUGUGUUCAACAAUCGUGAAAUCAAACAACAGUUCUACGCCACGUUUGUCUCAGGAACUAAAUGCAAGUACAGGAUCUGUAAAGAUUCCUCAUGAAGCAGCAACUAGAAAUAAUCCUUUAGGAAAGGUGCUGUACUUGUUAACAUUUGGGUUUUAAUUUGCUGGAAGACAAGAUGCCUAUUUACACAGUUCCUGCCAGGAGCCCCGCUGGGACACGAUGCAUGGCCACUUUGCGGAAGGCUUCCUCGCACAAUACCCUGGCCAGCAGCAAAGCAUCUGGGCAGCAGCUGAGGUCACAGGUGUUGGGAGAAAAGGAUAGUCUGCCUUCGUGUCCUGAGAAUAAGACUGAGGAAGUAAAUAGGACCUAUGUGAUUUCAGCUUGUGAAAAAGUGAGUGAUGCAUCAACUACUUUUAAACUUGAAGGCAGAUUAACACUCCAGAGGAGAACUGGAACAAGCAAAAAAUCAGUGUCUGGUAGUGACACAACACAGGGCACAGAAGAGCUACAAACAGAGAAAAGACUUACUUUGCAGAGGCGUGUGAGGACUGGGUCCACAGAGAAAAGUAAAAUUAAUCAGAAUAUUGUGCCUAGAAAAGAAAAUGAUGACUUUGAUGUGCAAAGAAAUGGCAAGAUUACACUUCCGCAGAAUAUUAAGGGUACAGAUGGUGUUAAACCAAACUUGAAGUUAACUGAGAAUCAGUCAAGUACCAAGUUGCAGCAUAACCUGAACAGCAAGGAUUCCUUUGGUUUAGUUGGUUGCGUCUGUGAAAAUGCUAUUUCCAAGUGCAUAAAAGAUAAGACAAGCACUGCUGACACAAAGUUUCAAAAUGAAGUUCCUAAAUCAGAACAGUUAGUUACCUCAAAAUGUACUAAUGGGCUAUCAGGAGAACAACCGAAUGAAAAAGGCAAUAUAAAUAAGCUAGCGGGAAAGCAAAGGGUACAGCACUUGAUGAUGAAACAUACCAGCUUGGAAAGACCAAGGACACCAGCAAAAGUUUCAACAGAAAGAUUUACACUGACACCAAUGAACAGCACUUCUCAAGAUCAACCAGCUCCCAAGCCAACCUCAAAUGAACGAACACCUCAUCUGCAAAUUGUAGCCAAAAAACUCCCUAAUGUCUCCAGCUCUCUUCCUGUGAGUACAGGUUCAGAAACAAAAGUGAACACAGAAACUUUAGCUGAGAGCAGCAGCACUGGGGAAGAUGUUUUCAAAGUGAAAAACAGCAAAGUGAUUGUAGCUGCGCGGGUGCGGCCCUUCAAUAACAGAGAGAAAACUGAAAACUCAUUCCCUGUAAUCUCCAUGAGUGGUUCAGAGACAAUUGUACGAAAUCCAUCCACAAACCAAGUUUACAGCUUCAGUUACGACUUCUCGUUCUGGUCUUUUGACGAGGGUCAUCCUAAUUUUGCAAGUCAAGCAAUGAUUUAUAAGACUUUGGCACAGCCACUCCUUGAAAGAGCUUUUGAGGGAUACAACGCUUGUCUUUUUGCUUAUGGGCAGACUGGCUCUGGAAAAUCGUACACGAUGAUGGGAUUUGAUGAAGACCGAGGAAUAAUUCCAAGACUUUGUGAAGAUCUUUUCAAUCAAAUAGCACAAGUGGACAAGGAACAGGUCUUGUAUCAUCUUGAAAUGAGCUUCUAUGAAGUAUACAAUGAGAAAAUUCAUGAUUUGCUUGUCUUUAAAGCUGAAAAUGGACAGAAGAAACAACAACUUCGUGUAAGAGAACAUCCAGUUUUAGGACCAUAUGUGGAAGGCCUGACAGUGAAUGUUGUCCGUUCUUACUCUGAUAUUCAGAGUUGGCUUGAACUAGGAAAUAAGCAGAGAGCAACAGCUGCUACAGUAAUGAAUGACAAGAGCUCUAGAUCUCAUUCUGUCUUCACCCUUGUCCUGACACAAACCAAGGUAGAAUUUGUGAAUGAAAAACAGUGUGAUCGUAGGCUUACCAGUCACAUAAAUCUAAUUGAUCUAGCUGGCAGUGAGUGCUGUACAAAAGCUCAGACCACUGGAGAAAGGCUGAAGGAAGGUGUGAGUAUCAAUAAAUCACUGUUGACCCUUGGAAGGGUUAUUUCUGCGCUCUCUAAACAGUCUCAAAACGGAAAGAAAAUGUUCAUUCCUUACCGGGAAUCUGUCCUUACUUGGUUGUUAAAGGAAAGUCUUGGUGGGAAUUCCCAAACGACCAUGAUUGCCACAGUGAGUCCAGCUGCCAGCAGCACGGAGGAGACGCUCAGCACCCUUCGCUAUGCGAAACAGGCUUGUUCAAUUAUCAACAUUGCUAAAGUAAAUGAAGAUGUAAAUGUCAAACUAAUCAGAGAAUUAAAAGCUGAAAUUGAAAAACUGAAGGCAGCUCAGAAAAGUGCUCUGAACACUGAUCAUGAAAAAUACAGGCGUUAUUUGCAGGAAAUAACAUCUCUGAGGGUAGAAUUGCACCAGCAGGAGAGGAACAUGGCAGAAAUGCAAAGGGCCUGGAAAGAAAAACUUGAGCAAGCAGAGAAAAGGAAAUUGGAAGAUAUAAAAGAAUUGCAGAAAGCUGGAAUUGCAUUCAAAAUGGACAAUCAUUUACCAAACCUUGUCAAUCUCAAUGAAGAUCCUCAGCUUUCUGAGGUGCUGUUAUAUAUGAUCAAAGAAGGAGAAACUACAGUUGGAAGGUGUACACCAAAUUCAAAACAUGAUAUCCAGCUUUCCGGAGUGCUGAUUGCUGAUGACCACUGUGUUAUAAAAAAUACUGCUGGCAAAGUAAGUAUUAUUCCGCUUAGAGAAGCCAAGACAUACGUAAAUGGGAAGUGCAUUUUGGACCCAACAGUUCUGCAUCAUGGUGAUCGAGUAAUCCUUGGGGGAGACCAUUAUUUCAGGUUUAAUCAUCCAGCAGAGGUUCAGAAAGUUAAAACACCUUCUUGUGGGACUACAUGUUUGCAUGAUGGUCCAAAAGAUUUUGAAUUUGCAAAGAAUGAGCUGCUUAUUGCACAGCGAACACAGCUUGAAUCAGAAAUUGAAGAGGCACGACUCAAAGCCAAGGAAGAAAUGAUGCAAAGUGUCCAAAUAGCAAAAGAGAUGGUUCAACAAGAACUGACCUCACAAAAAGAAGCGUAUGAAAGCAAAAUAAAAUCCCUGGAAGCAGAAGUGAGAGAAGAAUCUCGUAAGAAGCAAAUCCAAGAACUGAAUAACCAAAAAGCCACAACUAAAAUACAGGAGCUGGAGAAGGCAAAGAAAAGCCUUGAGCUAGAACUCCACUUCAAUAAGAAGCGUUUAGAAAUGGAGACCUUAGCUACCAAGCAGGCUCUAGAAGACCAUACUAUUCGUCAUGCAAAGAUAGUGGAAGCUCUGGAAGCUGAGAAGCAGAAGAUUGCUGAGGAAAUACACAGCCUUCAGAAGAAUCACAGAAGUGGGAAUAAACCAAUGAUGGUUCCACUGAACUGGAAGUCUCUGAAGCUGUCUGUGAUGAUUAAAGAGGCUAACACCAUUAGUAAUGAAUUAGGGAAAAACACUGUUUUCUGCAGGCAUGACAAAAUUGAUGAUAAAACAGGAACAGUGUCCUCUAUUCAGGUGCAGGUUCGUAAUAUCAAACUGGGAAUAACAACUUUUUGGAGCCUAGAGAAAUUUGAGUGUAAACUAGCAGCAAUGAAAGAACUCUAUGAGAGUAAUGAUAGAAAUAAAGCCGUUGUUGAUGUGUUUUAUGAUCCUGCUGACGAGUGGGAACCUGACCUUUCAGACAGCUCCAUUUCCUCGCUUUCCAGAAGAAGAAGUAGAAGCUUCAUGAAGAACCAGAGAAUUUCUGGAUGUUUGUCUGAGAUAAAAUUGCAAUCUAUUCAGAAUAAACAGACUUCCUAUAUAUCAGGUUCGCUGAACAAGUCCAGCAUAUGCCCAAGCUUUUCUGAAUUGUUUCUUCCUGGAAUUUGCAAAGAAUCUAUAAGUUCAGCUUUAGAUUUACUGGAACAGAUUAACGAAGGAGGAAAGAGCAUAGCAGAUAGUCUCCUAACUAAUUUGUUUAUAAUUUUUUCUGGAGCAUCUGCUAUUUCAAAAGCCUAUGAACAGCAAGAUGAAGAAUGUCAGGAGAACUUUUUCUCUCUUGAUCGUGCUGCUCAGUCCUACAGCAUCAGAAUUAUCUCUGCUUUUGACCAGAUUGUGGUUAUAAGUAAACUCUGGCUUAAUAAUGUCCAAAAGUGUCCUGGAUCUAUAAAAGUUGAUGAAGAAAUGAAACAGGAAAUAAAGAACUUGGGAGGUUAUUUACAGUUGCUGUUACAGGGGUGUUCUUCAGAUAUAUCCUCGAUGGUAGCAGAAGCAUGGAGCAAAGUAAACCAAACAGUAAAACAAACAAUGAAAUACACAGGACACUUGGCAGUAGUCACAACAGCUGAUAUUUCAUUUCCUGAAGAGAACAACAUUCCUGCCUCUAGUCUGCAGGAAUUUGUACUUGCCAUUUAUGAUGGAGUAGGCUCAGGUCUGGAGUGUCUCAUUGAUGCUGUACAGGAGAAAGCAAGAAUGGUACAGAAAGAACUUGUGAAACUAUGUCCACAAAAUGAGAUUCAAAACCGAAUAAAGGAUAAUGUGGUGGCAUUAGCCAGAUUCCUCGAAAGUAACAUGUCUUACUGCAGAAAGAAAGAAACAGAGUCUCAGUUGCCGGAAGAAGAAACUCUGUAUCGAGAAAUAAAGAAAAGCACUAAGAUUGCUGUGAAGUAUUUGGAAUUGGAGCAGUGCCUAACUGAAGUCUGUCAAAUUGUUUCUUCCAUGUUGCAAGGAUUAUACAGAAACACCAGCCCUCUCAGGAGCUUUGCAGAAAAUAUUUCUGUCAUAGCUGGAUAUUUUAACAACUAUUUCAGUUUAUUUACCUUGUCUUCCGCGAACAACCCUAUCCAGAAAAUGCAUGUACCUUUUAUGAACCUGGAUGAAUUGGACUCUCUGGUUGAUUCCCUUAUUCUGAAUUUUGAACUUGAACAAGGACAGCCAUCACUGCAAUCUCAAACUAUUUGUAAUGAAACUACUGAGGCUCGAGGAGGACAGGUUGAAACAGGUCAGGUAGAAUUUUCUUGGAAAUGGAAUGGGAUUCCAGAAUGCACACAGACUCCAGAGCCUUCACCUGGUAGGAUAGAAUGGGUGUAAAAUGUUAUUAUCAAGAAAUUAAAGAGAACUCUUUCCUAUUGUAACAUACCACAAAAAGCUAAAAUUUAUUGCUAAUAUUAUUAGUGAGUGAGUGGUGUGAAAGUAAAUGCCAUGAUUGUAUGAGGAUAAGUACCCUAUAUUUCACCAAAGAAAAAAUACAUUCCUUAAGAGGCUGUUAAACUUCAAAAUAGAAUUUCUUCUGUUUUAAUAGAAGUGUAUUACUACCUAGGUUUAUAAGAAAUAAUUUAAUUUUCUUUUAUUUUUGCUUCACCUCAGCUGCAUUAUGAUCUGGUAAUGCUAUUGCAACUUGAAAGUAGUUUUUUAUGCCUUUUUUUAAACAGAGCAAAAACUUUGUAUUUAUUUAUGUAGAGAAGGACAAUGAGAGAUAGUAAAAGUACUUUACAACCUUAUUUGAUGAAUGCUUUUUAAAGUGGUUUUUAGUUCAUUGAAGAAUCUGGACUUAAAGUAUCACAAUGAUGCUGUGCUUCAACAUGAUCUGAAGUAAGUUUAUGUUGGGUUCAUUGCUAGUGAGUUAGCUUUUGAUUGCUCAAAUCACUUUAACCACUAUUCAUACUGGAAUAGAGGCAUAUCGCUUCCUGAAUAAUAUAUAAAUUAUCCCAGGUUGUAGAGAGCUUCCCAAUCCAUUACUUCCUUGUUCUUUCUAUCAUUGUUUAACGUCUUACUUUUAGUCUGCUGGCUGGAGUUAACAGGAAGGAUGGAAAUUAACUUGCAUGGGUUUUAGAAGGCCUGGACUAAGCACAAUUUUCUCACAACAGUGCUGAGCAAUUUAUACAGUAAAACAUAAGGUUUUUUCGUAGACAUUAACACUUCUGUUGUGGUUUAAGCCCAGCUGGAAACUGAGCACCACACAGCCAUUCCCUCACUCCUCCACCAGUGGAGGAGAAUCAGAUGGGUAAAAGGGAGAUAAUUCCUGGCUUGAGCUAUAGACAGUUUAAUAAGAAGAGCAAAACCCACACUCACAAGCAAAGCAGAACAAGGAAUUAAUUUACUGCUUCUCAUGGUCUUCCCCAUGGGCUGCAGGGGAUUCUCUGGUCCUAUGCCUGGAGCAUGUCCUCCCUUGCUUCAUCAUGGGGUCGUGGGUCCUUCUCACAGACUGCAGUUCUUCAUGAACUGCUCCAGUGUGGGUCCCUUCCACAGGGUGCAGUCCUUAAGGAGCAGCCUGCAUGCGUCCCUCAUGGAGUUAAAAGUCCUGCCAACAAACCUGUUCUAGCAUGGUCUCCUUUCUCCACGGGUCCACAGGUCCCUGCCAGGAGCCUACUCCAUCAUAGGCUUUCCCUGGGGUCACAGCCUCCUUCAGGUUAUCCUGCUGUUCCAGUGUGGGAUCCUCCAUGGGCUGCAGGUGGAUAUCUGCUCCCACAUGGAUCCAUCCACAGGUCCCACUCUCUCUGAGUUGUGUUCACGCUGGAGUUCUGGAGUGUCCAGUACAGCAGCACAGAAACAGCAGCGAUGCCCUGGCUAGGUGCCAGUCCCUGUGCGUCACCACUGCUGUCCUCAAAAUGUUCCCAGGCAUUGCAGAGUGAGGGGAUCAGCAGCACAACAGCAGGGAAAGCAAAAAGCAGCCACUGAUGAGCACUACACUAACGAACUGUAAAGCAUCAAGCCCAGGGCAAGCAUAGGAGUCUGCCCAAAGCAGCCAAAGAGCCACAAGGGCUGUAAAUUCCAUCUAACACAUUCCAAUCAGAUCUCUUGUUAUCUGAAACCCUUUGAGCCCUACAUUGGGUGCCAAAGAGGGCUGCUGUGGUUUAACCCCAGCUGGUAACAGCCCCACACAGCUGCAUGCUCACUGCCUCCUGGUGGGACUGGGGAGACAAUUGGCAGGGUAAAAGUGAGAAAAAUCAGGGGCUGAGAUAAAGACAGUUUAAUAGGGAAAUCAAAAAUUGUGCACACAAGCCAAACAAAACAAGAAAAUCAAUUCACUGCUUCCUGUGGGCAGGUAGGUAUUCAGCCAUCCCCAGGGAACAGGGCUCCAUCACAUGUAAUGGCAGUAUGAGAAGCAGAAAAGGCCUUGGCUCUUUGUAAGUUCUGCUCAGCAAUAAAAAAAAAAAAUCUCUAUUUUAUCAUCAUUGUGUUUAGCACAAAUCCAAACUAUUGUUCUGUACAAGCUACCUUGAAAAAAUUAACCCUACCCAAACCGAAAUCAGCACAGCUUCCAAGGUGGAUAUUCAUAGCUGCCAUCUCGCCUUCUGAGGGAAGAUGUUCAACAUCUUGAGAAUUUCAGUCUUUGAGGACAUGUCAGACUCUUGGAACUGUUUUAUGUGAAAAGACUACAGCAGAAAUCAAUCAUUUUCUUUUGAAAGCUUUCACACUGUAGUUAUAAUUGAUGCUGUUAUUCAGUGAUUUUGUGCUUUUCUGAUGUAGAGGAAAUGGGGAAGGUAAUUAUGCUGAUCCAGUUACCCACAUAUGUAUUUCCUAAAGACUAGUACACUGUAAUACUUCGUCAAAAAAUGUCUAGCAGUGCAGCCCUGGCACCCAAAAUACUCAGCACUUUUUCUUGCUGCUAAUAAUUUCCUUCUUACAUGAGGUGUGAUGCUUAAUUGCUUUCUUACUGUAAAGGCCUUUGCAAGUUUGCUCAAGGGUUAAGAAAGUAUAUUCAGUUGUUCAGAUUUUUAUGCUUUAAAAAUGAAGAGAAGCCUGAUAUAUUUCUACUUGUGUAAAUAUAUAAUUUUGUAUUUGGCUGAAGUUUUAAAAACUUAACUGGUUCUUCUGCAUUGUGUAUCUAAGCAUGGGAAAUGUAAAGAGUAAAACUACAUCAUGUAACUGAUCACUGAUUUUUACAA